GAGGCAAGGGUGGCGAACGACACCCCCGGCAGGUGGGGUUGGGCGCGUUGGUCGGAGCGCGUUUGCCUCGGCUCGCCGCUCGCCCCGCGGCAACAGCGACUGCGAGUGGCGGAGCAGAGGUCAGCGCGCGCCGCAGUAAAAGUGAUAUUAUGACUGAAGGAGGCCAAAAAGAAUCGAGUACUUCUCCACGGGGGUGGCACAAACAAAGCAGGCAGGCGGUGUCGCGUAGCCAGCGGUCCGCCAGGGCGAAAUCUUUUUAGAAAGUGAGAGGGUGCGCGCGCGGGAAAAAGAUGGGCUCGGCCGGCGAGAAGCAGUACUACCUCAAGUGGAACAAUUUCUCGGACAACAUCGUCACGUCGCUGGACAGCCUGCGCGGCGACGAGGACUUCGUGGACGUCACCAUCGCAUGCGAAGGCCACAGCCUCAAAGCGCACAAGGUCGUCCUGUCCGCGUGCAGCCAGUACAUUAAGAAACUGCUCAAAGAAAAUCCUUGCGCUCAUCCCAUCAUCAUUUUGAAGGACGUUGCGCUGGCCGAGUUGACCGCCCUAGUUUCGUUUAUGUACAACGGACAAAUUAUAGUAUCAGAAGAUCAGAUUCCUCAGCUAAUCAAAACAGCCGAGAUGCUGGAAAUCCGCGGCCUGACCGAGAUCACGAGGGAAGCAAAGCGAGCCGAGGAGAUGAAAAGCGAGCCCAAGGACGAAGCGCACCCGCCUGCCGCCAAGAGGCCGUGCCCUGGCGACCAACUGCAAGUGCCGCCGGUGCCCAGCACGCAGUGGAUGGGCAAGAGACCCACCAGAGAGAUGCUGGCAGAGUCUGACGAGGAGGAGGACGACGACGACGACAACGACUUUGGCGACGACGACAGCGGACGAGACUACGAGGCGCAGACCCGGGAAAUGCAGGUGGCCAGCGUCCUCGAGACCCUCAACAAUCAGCACCGAAUGCAGCAGCAACUUAUGCAGCACGAGCAAAGGAAGGCAGCUGAAUUCAACGGGCCGAACACGGACGAGGGAGGGGGUGGAGGUCAGCCGGGUCGGGUGAUGGCACUGCCAAGCAGCUCGCACCGACCUGUCGAUAUAGCGACACGGGUGAGUCAAAUGGAAGACGCGAUGAUGCCGGGCGACGUGCUGGUGAUUGGCGAGACGCACAUAACACCGGCACGCUGCGUGCCCCCGCGCCCUCCGAAGACGGUGCCCCCGAUGAGCACUGCGAUGGAACUGAAGGCAGCCGAGGAACAACAGCAACGCCUCUCCAUGGAAAUGAGUCUGCGACUUCAGGUGCAGAGGAAACUCGAGGCUGAACGGCUCAGAGCCAUGGAGAGGCUCCGCCACGCUGAAGCAGGACUGAUGAAUGCCGGCCCAAUGGAUUGCUCAAAUUAUCCUGGAAUUACGAAUGGCGGUCAGGAAAUAAACGGCCACCAUCACCACCACCCGCGAGAAGGACUGAACCACCACCAGCCGCCGCAGCCGGUGGUGGCGGCGCCCCCUCCUCCGCAGAUGGCGGCCUCGGCCCUGAGCUUGCCGCUGUCUCCGGACUUGCAACUGAAGAUGCUCAUGUGUAGGGACUUCAAGAAGUACACCAACAUGCUAUUGGUCGCAGUUUUCGGCCGCGAAGUGCUCGCCACGCACUGCCUCAACGGCAGCAAAGGCAGUGCCAAGCCCAGGCUGGAUACUGACAAAGUCACAAGAGUGAUAGCCACUGUGAUGGAGAAGUUUGACGUUCCUGCCAGCACGGUCCGCGAGGCGAUCCGAGUCAAGCUCAACAACGAGGACAAACUGAAGAAGCGCUCGAAACGCACGGCCAACUCGCUGAUGUAGCUGUGGGCGGCGCGAGGCGCGCAGAAACGAAAACGUCCUGCCAUUUAUUGAAAACGGAAAACAGUCAGCAAACGUAUACUCUCCUUCUUCUUCUCUGCACACGCACUCUCUUCUCUAUCUCUUCUCUGUCUCUCGUUCACUUCUCUGUACGACGAAACGCUAACAUUUCGGGAACGUUCUCUUCUCUCAAGAGAAAGAUAGAUUUUUAUCCCCCACGUCCAAAUGUUUGGUGUUAAUGAUACAAAUUACUAGAAAUUGCGUGCUGCAUGGGCAACCUGAAUUGCCCAUUUUGAAAUUACUGCAAACGGCGCCGGAUUUCGGUCCGGCGCGGCGUGAGCAAUUAAGUAUCUGUUGUUGCUUCUUAGCGAGAUGUGUAGCAACAAAACAUUUUUGGCGUCCUAGACUCGAUGAAAAACGAACCGUAAAUACCUCAUAAAGUGUAGCGAGAUACGUGGCUUUUUUGUAAAACGACGUGUACGUGAAACAACACAAAAUUUUACUCGACACGAAAGUAACCACACACACCUCUCUAUACCACAAACAAACGGAGCAAGAAAAACAAAAACCACAUAGCACUCUCUCCCACUCACUCUGACGAGAUAUUUCAUGUUUUAUAUAGCGUUUAUCAAUUUCGAAAAAAAAUACCUACAAUUAUUAGCCAUUAUAUACUCUCGAAACACGCGCAUGCAAAAAUUUAUCUCCAAGAAAGAAAGAAAGUUCAACUCUCUUUAUCCUUAUACUGUAUACAAUGUAUAACAAUGAAACUCAGGGUUAUUGAAGUUAAUACAACAUCCCCUGCGAUGUAAAACACGGUACAAAAACCAGCAACACACAUCUCAUUGAUCAUUUCUCGCUGAUUAAAAGACGACUGGCAUCAACCCCCUGAUUUUGUUCCCACAAUUUGAAACGAGACUUCCUAACAUUUUUGUUCAAACACUGAAUAUUCGCGCCAGCGUGUGUUUAACUAUAGCGAUGACGACUGUACCCCUCUAGACUUAAGUGGCAAGUUCGACAUUUUCACCGAAAGCCCUUUAGUGUCCAAGGUUGCCAGAGGGUAGCGCCAAUGCGUAUUUUCGAAUAUAAUUCCAUUGUAGACUUUCUUCAAACGAUUCCCAAAGGUUUUGUAAGGUUCGCCAGCCAAAUCACUCGGCCAACAGACGUAACGGGACGAAAGUCAAAAAACCAUUAUUUUCGCGGGAUUUUGGUCUAAAACCUGAAAACCAAUCAGAAAAGGAAGCUGUUCUCUCUGAUUGACCAGUUCGAGACAGCAGCGCCACCGCGACAGCCAACGGUAGCUGCUGGCUGACCUGCCUUGAAGCUUGGCUCGCUCUGAUUGGUCGCCAGGUUUCUCGAGGCACUUUUUGACAGGUUCCAACCAAAAACCGCAAAAUAAAUGUUUGGCAAUUUGACCUGAUUCAACCCUUAGGAUUCGAUUGUAUAAAAUUCCAGUGCACCUUUCUCAAAUAUAAAGUAUACAGUGGCGCCACCUGUUGGCUUCCUCGAACACUGAAGGGCUUACGCAAAAUUGCGAACGAAUUUAAUUUUGUAUCUCCCAUAUACAUGUGCAGAUGUAACUGAAUAAUAUUCCAACGACCCCUCAGAUCGCACCCUAAGGAUUAAAAAUCGAUAAAAUGCGCAGAAUGAAUUUCUACUCCAGCAGGGAUACUACUAUUUUUAAAGCAGAUAUAGUCUUAGGCAGUCUUCCCAUAGAGGCAACCCCCGAGCGAUGAUCUGUGUACCUGCUCUUUUUUUACAGUGUCCCAUCCGCGGUUGGGCCGGCUCGAACUUUGCCGGGGGGCCGCAUUCGUUCGCCCCCCCUCAAACCCGAGGGAGCAAAUAACACAUUCUAUUUUUUAAUUCAGAAAGUUUGGGCCGAGCCCAACGAAAACUCAGCAAACCGACCUAGAAACAAGUGCUGCGCCGCGCACUCUCCUCGCGACUCGAUUCCUAUCUUAGCAGAGAGCUUUUUCAAUGACGAAAAGGGUUGCUGGGGUGCGCUCGGCCGGCCCAAUAAUAUGCGAAUAUGUGGAUAUGUAUUUUUAUCAAGGCAAGCUCAGUCUCUUUCUAUAUUUUUACGAAAUGCAACUCGCCGCGUGUUUGACGACACGCAUUCUCACCCACAGACAGCAACAGCAGUACAAACGAACACACAUUUCAUGGAGAAUUUCUCACCUUACAUUUCUUGUAUUGUUAUAAAUUAUACACACACUCACUAAUUAUGCCCGAAACACCUCCAAACCACGGACUGUGUGUUACUGAACUUAAGCAGGGUUCUGGCUUGGAUGAAAAUGUUGGAUUGGAAAUUUUAAUUGUUUCAAUUGAGAGGAAGCGCUUUUACAAAAUCCGAGACUUGGAUUUUCUCGCCAUAAAGUCAGUUUUGGACCCGUAAAUUUCCGAUUAAGUUAAAAGGGAUUUAAAAUUCAAUUUUAAUAAUUUAUGGAGCAAUUUUAACUCUAGGAACAGUUAUUUAACCAACAAUUCACAUUUUUAAUUAUUGAAAUCAAAAUUUCAAAAUCUGUUUCAAGUUUAAAUAUCAGCUACCAUCUUCAGAGCUUACAAAAAUAAAAAAAUCCAAAUUGGUCCAGGAAUUUCACAAUCCUUUCAUCUGAGAGAAACACUCAUUUUUAAAAAUUUUGACCGCCUUUUCGAGAAAUAAAAAAAUUUGGGAUUCCCUGCGCUAGGGCCCUGUCCAAAUUUUGAGUUGGCAAGCGAUGCAUAUUGUAUUACGAGUUAAUUAUAACGAGAUUAUUGUAUAUUAAUUGUGAAACAGGAAGAGCCUAUAUACAUAAGUGUAUACCAGAGUCAAAAGUACUAGAUGCUCGAUGUUUCGUGUCAAAAAUGAAUUUCACAUUCACACACAACAUUUACUGUAAAACUGUAUGAAAUAAUGUUCUUUGAAGACAAACAGGACCUCAUUGCAGAUUUUUUUGAACAAGGCACACCGAAAUAGUAGACUAUCCUCCUCCGGUAGAGUACAAAGCGCGAUAUUCUUUUUCCUAACUCUCACAGGUACAAAACUAUCAAAACAAACGAAGCAAUAGACACAUACACAUAAUAAUAAUGCACUCUUUAUCUGUCACUCGAUUUUUGCAUCUUUUGCGUAUUGUUAGUGAUGGAAUGCCACCGUCUUCUAUUGCCAAUUAUUUAUGUAUUCAAUUGUCCUAAUACAUAUUUCGGAUAUUUUAAAGUGGAAUGAUACUGGGCAACAAUUGAAAAUUAUUUAAAUUGUUGGAUGCCAUAAACAAUUGAUCGAUAAACAAUUUGUUCAACACUUUGCAAUAAUAAAAAAGGACCUCCCUACAGUAAAAAUUUAAAUUUUGCCAAUUUUCUCCAAAAUUUACAGUGCUCGAACAUAUUUUCUUGGCAUAUUCCGAUUCCUCUCGUCGAGAUCUGUCCAACGGUGUAUGCCACUUAUUGGGGAAACUCUUGGUUUUGAAAUUAAAUCGGAUUUCAAGUAAGGAGACAUUACCAUUUGAAAAGCAUUCCAGCCAAUUUUCUCAAAAAAUUACAGCGCUCCUUAGGUCAAUUUAGGCUUUAACUGAAUCCUAAGGGGCGAGGUUAUGCAUUGGCAACAAGCAUUUUCCAGGCUUUUGCAGUAUCAUUCCUCUAAGAGAUGACCACAAAAUAUUUUUAACAUUUUUCCCGCGAAUUUUAAUCUAAUUGUAAGCAAACCCAAUAAUAAUUUUAUAAAUCUAUUUUAAGCGUAAUUUGAAAUCCAACAUGUGAUUUUCAAUUGUUUCUGCAAAACCAGAUAAUGGAUUUAACUUGAAAAUUACAGUGAAAAAUUUUAAAAUUUACCGUUUUAAGUGGCAAAGAAACAAGUGUUCAAAAAUAGAAUUAACUUUUAACGGUAACAAAUUGCUAAAUUGAUGCCGAUUAUUCUCCCAAAGAUCAGUUGUAUUCGCAGAAAUAACAUUCAUGUUGAGAUUU